AUGGCCGAAAGCUCUUUGGCUGCGCCUCCACCACCGAAGCCUGUGGUGGUUAGGGUCAAACGCAAACCUUCUCAAUCUCCACUUGAUGCUUUCUGGUUGGAAAUUAACGAGAGGCCGUUGAAGCGUUCUCUCUUGGAUUUUGGGAAUUUAUCAAUCUCUGGUUCUGCUCAAAAGGUGGAAUUUCAUAACAAGAAGGUUUUUGUUCAACAUGUGGAGACAAUAAGCAGCUCUGAGGUCACCUUUGAUAUCGUGCAAUCCUUUGUGGAUCCUGGUUCCAGUUGUGCAUCAAAUUCGAAGCCAAAACUUGAGGAAAGAAAGAACCUCUUCAAAAGAGAUAAUAAACAAAAUCAGCUAUUGGUUAAAGCUAGACAGGAAAAGGAGACAAUUUAUGAGUCUUUGGCAAAAGAUGCUCGCUUUGAACAAAUAUGGAAAAGCAGGAAGGGAAACAAAGGGACAGCACAUGAUACAGCAUUACAAGAAAUAUGCAACUUCUAUGACAUUGUUCGUGUUGACAAUGAAGAGAAAAACAAGGAAGUGCAACAGCAAGAAUUCUCUUUGGAGGAUCAAAGACUUCUGUCUAGUUACCUUCCUUUACUGAGAGAAUUUAUUCCUAAUGCGGCUGCAGAGGUUGAAGCUGAUUUGAUUGUUCAGUUGGUUGGUCAUCCUAGAGAAGAGAAAUAUGUAUACGACCUCUACACUGUGACGGAUGAGAUUGAUAUAAACACAGACGAUACUUCAGCUUCUUAUCCACUUGUUCAAGUUGAGGAGGAGGAGGACUAUUAUGAUGGCCCAGAUGAUGAUUCAGAUUAUGAAUCUGAUGACUCAAAUGCUGAAAAUAAUCCUUUGAAUGAUUAUCCGGAGGAGAUUUCUGAAGAGGAUGAAGAAGUUGAAGAUUCCAAAAAUGAAUUAGAAAUUGAAUACAGCGAUACGAGUAACGAAACAUCAGGCGAGGAUAUAGAAUAUCAUGGUUUUUCCAAAGAUGAUGCUGAUCAAUAUGAUGAGGAUUUAGAUGAGUAUGAAGGUGUUGGUAAUUGUGAUGAGGAUGUUGAUGAUGAAGAUUGGAGGUGGUCGUAUCGAUGA